GUUCGUCGUUAAUUCGAAGGCUCCUAUAGGCUCAGACCACUUUAUUUGCUCCAUCGACAGAGGUCUGCCGACUUACUACUGCUGAUGGAGUCUCCAAGUCGGCGGAAUUUCAAACUGGAGGAUCAGUGAAUCCACACCCCUAUUGACGGUAUGGAUGCAAUAGUGGUAUCAGAGGUCAAUGCCCCUCGGGCGGAGGAUGGUGACUCCCAUCCUGAAGGUAUACUCGAGCGGCCGCCUGGUGAAGCAGAAAACAAAUUCCAAAAGGCAAUCGCAGCAUGGCGGAAUAUCGAUCUUUCCUCGUUGAUGGCCCAACUAGAUUCCACGGCCUCGGAAAUUGUCGCCCAGCAGAGGGACGCGUUGCUCGAACGGAAGGAGCUCGCCCAGAAGACGAAAGACUUUCGAAAAUUGGAGGAUGCGGCGAAGUUGACUGAAUAUAAGACUCUCUUGAAAUCGUAUCAAACUUUCAUUGACCUGAUCACUGGCCAUGGCAAGACUUCCUCGUCCGCAUUCCUCCAACUAUACCAGUCGUUGUCCGAGGCUCCGGAUCCAUUUCCUCUCCUCGAAGCUUCAGUCGACUCUCUAGUUGCCUCCGAGGACACGGUGCCCAAGCUCACUACUGAGAAUCACCAACUGCUCGCUAGGGUCAGUAAAUUGACUGCUCAGCUCGAAGAAACGGAAAGAAAGUUGCAAGACGAAAGCAAGGCCAGGAAAGCUGCUGAGGCCGGAACAGGUACCCUGGUGCAAGAGGUCGAAGCCAAAUGGGAAAAUGUCUUGGAGGAGAAACAAAACAACUGGGCCGCAAAGGAGCGCUUUCUGGAAGACAAGGUCGAAAAUCAAGACAGGCUACUCAAAGAGUUGAAAGCCAGCUACGAAGUGUCUCAGCGACUUCAAGAUGGGUCGGCUGAAGCAGCAUCAUCUAAAGCUGCCGCUGCAGAGCUGGAGAUGAUGACCUACGAACUUGAAAAAACAACUGCACGUCUGGCCGAAAUUGAAGCGAGGAAUGAACAGCUUCGAGUCGACCUUGCUCGAGCCACUUCUCAGAGCGUUGAAAAUCACAAUAUUGAAGACGAUCCUUCCUUUUUACGCCUGCAGUCCGAAAACUCUUCCCUCCUUCGAAAAAUUGAGGCCGCAAGGUUCGAGAGAGAAACAGAAAAGAGAGAUUGGGACAACAAGCUGCGUCAAGCCGAUAGACAGCGGUCUCAACUCGCAAAUGAGAACGAGGAGCUGCGAACGAAGGUUAAUAAAUGGUCCGAUUACGAAGAUCUGAGACGGGAACUGGAUACUCUUCGGUCAAUUGAACUGUCAAUUGGCGACGAUGAAGACGGGGACGAGGCUGUUGUGGACGGAUCGGUGGACAACAGUGCGAAGCAAUCUUUGGAAAAGCUGCUCCUCGCACGUAACAAAAAGCUGACCAACGAACUGACUUUGCUGCGAGUCUCACACCAAGACCUCCAGCGCCAGCUUGAAGAUCUUCAAGAAGAGCUAUCCCGGACGAAUGCCGAAUUGGAGAAGUCCCAGAAGCUUUCUUCGACCCUGGAGAACGACCUCAUACGCGUGCAGGAGGAGGCGGCCAACGUACUUCCCUCUUCGGGCAUGUCUGUGGCCGGGACUUAUGUGUCUCGGCUUCCGACGGGCUCUCUGCGGAGAGGAAGGGCGUCACCCACAUCCUCAAUCAUUUCGGGCUACGACAUGCAGCCGAGAACCAAUACCUUGGAGUCACUGCGAGCGGGAGAUGCGCUUGGCGGAGGAUCUGGCAUUUUGCCGAUGAUCCAGGCUCAGAGAGAUCGGUUCAAGCAGAAGAACCAACAACUUGAGGAAGAGCUAUCCAAAACUUACGCUACGGUCACCUCCCUGCGUCAAGAAGUCGCCUCGCUUCAGAAGGAUAACUUGAACCUGUACGAAAAAACACGAUAUAUCUCCGCGUACAAUCGGGGCCCAACCACAUCUUCAGCUUACUCCGCGACACCAGGACACACCGCGAUCCAUGUGGAUGACACUACGACCGGCCGCUGGAAGUCCCAAUACGAGGCCAAUAUUUCUCCUUUCGCCGCCUUUCGUGGCCGAGAAGCUACUCGUGCUUACAAACGCAUGAGCUUCCCAGAAAGAAUAGUAUUUUCGCUGACGAGGGUCGUUCUCGCUACCAGGACUUCGCGCAACCUCUUUGCCGGUUAUUGUCUUGCGCUCCACAUGCUGGUUUUCGUGAUGCUCUACUGGAUGGGCACUGCAGAUGUUGAUCGAAAUGUUGUCCAUCUGGGCGAAGCAGCAGUCGCCGCAGCGGCGGGCGGCGCAGGACUUGGAUCACCUGAGUCCCACGACCCUGACUGGCAUCAGCAGGAGUUCGGAUAACUUCUGGUGAGCAAAGUCGCUUUGCUAGAGGCUCUUCUUUGUUCCUACGGCGGGUUUCCAAGGACUCCGGCUUCUUUUUUCGUCGGACGGAGUAUCCUGUUGCUUCUCAGAGGUCGUUCCAUUUCUAUCAUCUCGCUGCCUUUCUUUAGAGAUGAGAUAAUGGCACGCUCCACACGGGUCUGUCACGCGUGCGCCUUCUAGGAGGCUUUGAUGCAAUGGAGUCUGUCUUAAAGCCAGGGCACUCCUCCCUUGACUAUACAACAUUAUUUACAACUCCAGGGUGACAACAAAUUAGAAUCCUCCAAUUUCAAAUCCAAGGAUUACGGUCAUUCGGGCAGCCGGCCGUUUCUGGGGCGGCUACACGCCAACUAAUAUUUAUGCGGGAUCCAUCGAAGUGAGCACUAGAUCGCAGGAGGCAGGGUAUCGCCGCGGAUGAUAGAAGGACUGGCUGCGACUUUCUACUAGUAGUACGACCAAGACUCCAGCACCGUAAACGUUGCCUGAAACGACUCCAAGAGGCAAAGUCGAGGCUGACGGGAAUGAUCUAUCGACGUUGUCAAGUAAGCGCAGAAGACGGGCAACGUGGCAUACGCACGCAACUCCAUGCGAGCCACGGAUCUUCCUUGUCUCUGUACAGAAUCUCCAGAAACCACGCUGGCUCCCACAGUCAGCUUGAUGAUGCCUCACGGAAUCCAAGAGACCUGUUUUGCGCUCCGUGG